AUGUCAGGUCUCGAUCCCAAGGGCCCCUCGCAGCCCUCCCUAGACCAAGCCUACACCACACCUGGCAACCCAGCGCAAAAAGACCCAAAAGAGCAAGUUCAAACAGAGUUCAAUGCCGCCGACAACUCCGCCAGUGUCGACCAACGUAUUCCCACCAAGCAAGCUACCGAUGCCGAAGGACUACGGAAUGCAAAGUUCGAGGAAGGCAAGGGCGUACACGGCGCACCAGCGGGCGAAGAGAGCAAAGGUCUGAGUCAUGAAGAUGUAGGAAGACACAAGGAGCUAGAUGGACAACAGAUGGCUGCGCCGGGUGAGGGACGCGUUGCCGAUGCGGUAGCCAAGGGAGGAAAGGGCAUGGGUGGUGGUGGAGAGCAGCCCGACUUGGCGAGUGACUUGGACAGGAAGAAGGCAGAACAAGCUGAUGCAAGGGAAGCUAUCAAACAGUCAAAGGGCGAAGCGACAAAGGUUGGUGGUGCAUUGGGUCAGACUGGUGGACCUGCCAAUCCCGUCGACAACUCGAGUCAGGGCGGUGGUAACUACCCUAAUUCCAGCUACUAG